CCCUGCAUGCCGGGCAAGCGCGUGGGCCGCAUCUGCCCGGACAAGUGCCGCGUGCUCAGCUCCAAGGCCGCGCCCAUGCUCCUCAUCUUCGACGACGCGGAGUUCGGCGUCCGCGACGGGCCGGGCCAGCCGAAGCAGCUCGCCAUCUUCAAGACGCGCGACGACCUGCGCCAGGACGCGGCCAUGCUCCAGUCCAUGCGCCAGAUGGACGCGCUGUGGCUCAACGCGGGCCACGAGUGCUGGCUCCGCACCUACACCGUCGCCGCGACGGACGUCGACGUCGGCUGGAUCGAGGUCGUCCGCGGCGCCAAGGAGACCGCGGAGAUCCAGUCCGUCUGGGGCUCGGGCGCCAUGGGCGCCUUCCAGAACAACACGCUCAACUCCUACCUCGUGGAGCACAACGACGACCCGAAGAUGUACCAGGGCGCGCAGGAGCGGUUCUGCGCGUCGUGCGCCGCGUGCUGCGUCUCGACGUACGUUUUGGGCAUCGCGGACCGGCACAACGGCAACAUCAUGCUGAGCACGGACGGGCGGCUCUUCCACAUCGACUUUGGGCACGUCCUGGGCCACUUCAAGAAGAUCAAGGGCACGGGCAUCAAGCGCGAGAAGACGAAGUUGGUAUUGACGCCGGAGAUGAUGUUCGUCAUCAACGAGGGC